AUGACGUUGACGCCCGACCCAGAGCGUGAAAAGGUCUUGUUUCGCACGAAGUUUCAGAAGAACGACUACACAAAAGAAGAAGACUUCACAUCGCUUGCUGAUGUUGCAAAUCUGGUCCGCAAUGUCAAUGAUCCGCGGGGUCAUCCGGAAUGGUUUGACUGCCUGAACAUGGACCGGGAUGCAUAUCGUGGGCAGAGUAUGGUUCGGCCAGACGAUGCCUUUGACGAGACACCAGUGUAUGUGCAACUCUUCCACAAGGACAUUGACUGUCCAAUGCGCCUUGUAGAUGUCCCAGGUUUGAGCCGUGGCAAUCGCCUGACCACUCGCAUCGCCCUGUCCUUCAUCAAGCCGGACAAUGCCGUGAUCUUGGUGAUUGGUAAGGACCAUCCAAACAACGGUGGCUUUCCGCACUUGGCGGCCGCAAUGAGGGAGUGUUCCCGCACCAUUGUGGUACAGAACUUUGCAAACACCAAGAUUCAAGACAACCAGGUCACGGAGAACUACAACGCAUUGUACGAGAAGAUGGUGGGCCGAACAGAUUUGGUGCUCUACUGCAUCGACUACGGUUUGCCAUACGAACCUGGACUUCCGUUGUGGCAGGAAGGCUAUGAUCAGCAAGACUGGCACAAGAUCAACAAGGAACAGGGACUGCAAUCAGUUCGAAGAGCAAUGGUUCAACACACAGAGAUGAGAGCCAAACAGCUACAAGAGCGCUUCCGGGACAGUCAAGUAUUUUCCAAUGUUAUUGUGCCCGGGAUUGAUUUGGUCCGCAAGAAGUUGAAUGAAUUUCAGUUUCACGACAUCGACGGGCACAUCUCGCGUUUGCAAGAGGAGUUGAAACGGCAGAUUGCGAAAAGAAAGGCUGAACUGGAACGAGCUCAAAUCCGAGUCAAGCAGCUUCAAUUUCCACCAGAGUGGGACAGCAUGCUUGCGUCCUUUGCGGGCACCGUUCGAAAGUAUUUAGAUGCAACUCAUGCUGCCACGGAACUUUACGAUCCAUCGACUGGGUCAACGAAGGAGGAUGAUUCCAUUCUGUGGACAUCCGAUGAAGAAGCAAAGCGAGUGGCGAAGAAUGCUUUGGACAGUAACGACAAACACGACGAAGAGGGGCUUUCUUGGUUUACAGGAGAAGUUGAUCGCAAAGUUGUGAGCCUUCUGACCGAAUACUGCGGCUUUGAGUCGGAGCUACGUAUCGCUUGCAUUCGCAGCUGGCAACGGCUGGUUGAUGAGUUCACCGGGAUGUUGUCAUUUGCCCCAAUGCCGUGUGUGCCAGCGAGCUUGCACGACAUGGCAAAGAUGCGAGUGGGCACUGGACAGUCCGGUCAAUUGAACUUCACAGAGGAGACGGUGAAGGUCGUUGUGAGUCUCGGCGAAGAUCCAAAGCAUCGAGGACUGGUGAGGCCCUUAGUGGAACAACUGGAACGACGCAUGCGGCUGCUGGUGGAGCGCGACUACCGCAGCGCCGUGGCGUCGCUGGAGGGCCGCUGUCAAGAGGUCUUGAAGGCCUUCUUUGAACUGGUUGGGCAGGAAGAUGUGGAGGAGCUGUCGGAUGCCGGCACAGAGGAUCAUGAUAAAACCAAGAUCAACCCUUGGGUCACCCCGAGGGAGUUGAAUCACAAGAAAUCCAGCAAGGCCGAGGCUCGACAGAAGGAAAUGACCAGAAGCAUUCUCUCGGGAGUGCUCAAGGCACUUUUGAACCAUGCAGAUGUGGUGAUUUCGACCACUCUUCAAGGGACCAUCGAGAUGGACAGCAAUGGAGAAGCGGUGAUUGAUACCGUGACGCAGCGGCCUCGCGUCAAUGAGAGAUCCGGCAUCAUGGUGCGGGUGGACGAGAAUACCACCUCACCCGGGCCAUUGCAUUGGAUGCUACCUUUCAAGUUCAACAACAGUGGGCAACUCACACUUCGCAAGCUACUGUUCAACGAGCGCAAACUGCUGAGAGAUAGCAGUCAAGGCUUGGGGUGGCAUGCAAAGAUCAAGAGAAAGAGACAAGGUUUCCUCAAGAGCAUUGCGAACGCAUCAAAUUGCUGUGACAAGCAAGAGGACGAUGAUGCUGGUCGUCCCGAACUGGGAUGGUCCAGAAAGCUGAUUGAGGAGAUAGGACUUCACAUGGAGGAUGGCACCCCAACCAUCAACUGCAGCAAUGCGGUGAACUUGCGCAUCUAUCGGCUGUGUACGGAGGACUACGAAGUGCCAAUGAGUCCCAAUGCACCGCCACAUCUCUAUGAUGUUGAGGUGCUGAAGUUGCUAAAAGCCCUGCAGUUCGAGAUCGCAGCCUCGUGGGCCUCCAUGUGGAGGGGCAUGCUACAAGAGCUCACGGACAAAGACAAAGUCCGGGAGUUCGUGCAGUCCUGUUUGGUGACCGAAGAGAUGCAGGACUAUGCAGUCAAGCUGGACGGCCUGAUCGAUCGGCAAACCUCUGGAAGAAUUGCGGAACGCGAUCCAACGUUGGAAGCAGUGGAUGCAGUCUGUGGCUGGCUCAGUGGAUCCCGAGCGUUGCCAAUGGACAUGUUGACCACUGAGGAAGAAGUCAAACGCGCUGGUGAGGAAGCCAAAUGGCCGGACCAUCAAGCCUUCAUCGACGUGCUGAGCCAGGUGGAUGCCAAAAAGGUGAAAACCGCCUUCAUGGCGAACAAGAACACCAAGUUGGCCGGACAGCCGUCGUGGCUGCGGCUUUGUGAUGAGUUUGUCUUCGUCAUUUUGCAGCUGAACAUGAAGAGGGUAACCAAUGAAGAGCUGAGCAUGGCCAAAGCUUCAGCGGGUAUGAUGUCGGCAGCGGGACAGCAAGAGAUGAUUGCCAAGUUGGCAUUGCAUCGAAUGUCCCAGCUGAACAUGCACAGCCAGAAGGUCUUCCGGAAACGCUUCAAUUUCCUGUGGAACCGUGAUGUCUCCACAGCCCUGACUGCCAUGGAAGGUGUUGCGCAAAGUCUGCGGAACUGCAUGAAGAACGGCAUGAACGGGGCCGAAUGGCUUGAGGAACAGCUGCACGCUUACAAGGACAAGGUCAUUCUUGGAACCCUGAAAGCCUUGCAGGAAAAGUUUGAUGGCUUAUUCCCAGUGGACUUUGCAAUUCUGAACGGGCGAUUCCCCUUGAACUCCCAGAAGCUGCGAAAACAGCACUUCGAGUUGCAACCUGAUGGCCGAACAGUGAGACAGAAGGAUGCAACUCAGGAAAUCAGAGACAUGUGGCUGACCCCGCGCUACGAGAAAAUGCAAAGCGUCAUGGUGUCUGCACCGGAGACCAAAUCGGCAUCCAGUGGUCCUGGAACAAUUCAGCUGAGCGUAGAUGGUACAAUCUCUGCAUAUGAAAAUUUGCAGGAGCAGCGAGAACGCGUGGAACAGAUCUUUAAUCUUCCUUGUGUGGAUCCUCCACGUCCUGACUAUGCGGGUGGAGCGUUUCAGGAGUUGUGCUUGAAGUUUUUCAAAGGCAUUCAUGUAGAUGCCAUUCAUUUCUGCAGACCACGAUUGAAGGCCAUGAUGGCGAACCUGUAUCAAGAAGAGCACUUGAGAAGAGCCUUGCAGGAAAGUCCCGCUUUGGACUAUUUAAAGGACUUUGGCGGGCACAUUUUGGAGAAGCAGAAGACAAGGACGUUUCCACAAGAUCCACGAUGUAAUGUGGAUCUUGUAGAAGGACGACGCGGCCUUUCUACUCUGCUGUGCGUCAUCCCUCUUGCUGUCAGGCAAGUCCGAAGACGACACUUCAGAUGCUUCAGAUGCAUGGUAUGUGGCCAUUCUGGUGUAUCUGGUCUCAACAAGCGACCUUACAGCAGAUGCAACCGUGGUACCAAGACCACCAUAGCAGCCUCGCGAAGAUCGGUGUCAUCGACCCGACUUGGCCGUCGACGACUUGCAGAGGCUUCAAGGUCCCUGCCGCCGAUGAGUAAAGACGGGGGCACGGAAGAGGAGUUUGAGGAGUACUGGAAAUGGUUUCAAGCGCCACAGUGCCUUGGUCCGUGGGUUGAGAGAAGAACACAUCCUCAAGUCAGUGUUUUGCCUUACUGGUACAAUGCAGAGACACAGGAGACCGUGUUUGAAGCGCCGGUCAAAGACAAGGGAGCCAAAGUGCUACCGCUACCUGAGCCUUUGGAAUUGGAAGGUCUCAUAGCAGAGCUCUCCGUCAAAGAGCUUCGUGCGAAACUUCAAGAUCCAGAUGAACUGAGCCGAUUGAAACUGACUGAUGCAAUGCUGGCACGUCGCGCAGUCUGGGAGUAUGAAACAUUCAUCCCAAGAGUUCUGUCGUGGCAUGACUACCAGUACAAUACAUUCUGGUUCUUCAUUGAAGAGCGUGAGUCAAAAUCAAAAGGUCGUCGUGAAAAGCGCGAUGACAAACGUGGCUAUUUUGGACCACAGUCCGACAACCAAAAACUCUUUGCACACGACAGUUUCUUUAUGGAGGUCGCCGCUCUCGCUAGUCAACGCUUUCAAAAAAUACAUCCCAUCAACCUGGUGUACAUGUUAUGGACAUUCACCCGGGCAGGUGUGCAAGCCACAGAUUUUUUCAACCUUGCAGCGGAACAUUUUUGUGGACUUUUGCCUUCACUGGACAGAUGCGGCUUAUGCACCUUGGUUUGGUGCUAUUCUCGGCAGAGAAUCCGCCACACGCGCUUGUUCGAGCAAGCUGCUCAGGAGUUGCAACGGACCAUUCGAGUUCGCUCCUUGGCGCCCAGAAAUUUCCAGAAUACCAUGAUCGCGUACCGAUGGUAUGGAAAAGGCCAAGAAACAGAAGCCUUGACUCAAAAGCUUGCACAGUGGCUGCCGCGGCUUUUAGACGACCAUGACGAACGGAAGCCAAAGCUAAGGAAGGAUGUCAUGUUCUCCUACACUUGCAGAGAUGGUUCGGAAGUUCCAGCUGAUGCAUUUCGGAUCAAUGGUCUAAAUGUCAUCGCUCGUGGUUUUGUCUACUUGGACAUAUGUACUCCAGAAGUUGAGGAUUGCCUUGCGUCCAUGACUGAUUAUGUCAUCCGCAGCGCUGGAAGAUCUCCAGUUUGGAUGAGGACAGACGGAGAUGUGUGCAUUUUUGCGACCAUUGUGGCAGAGGCAGUAGUGAAAGGUUGGACCAAGGCGCCAGCGUUGCUGGAGAAACUCGAGGCGCAGCCUUCUUUGCGUCAGGGAGCCAGGCCUCGAGAAUUGUCCCAACUGGAGACUGCCAUUGAAAAAGCUAAGAUGGCAGUUUGA